AUGAAGAUCGGUGAGUUGCUCUCAGACUUCCGUAAAAAAGUGAAGGAUACGAUAAUCUGUUACAAUGUCUUCUGUUGGUCUGCGAUUAUAGUCUCAGGUUUGGAAAUUGGGUACAGCUUUGUAGAUAAUGCAGUCGGGAAACUCUUAGUGGAUUACCUUGAAAAUCAGCGGGAUGAAAACAAUCUUUGGACUUCUGUGGUAAUGGUGAACGCAAAGGAAGGACUGGCGUCGGUUCUGAUGAUUUUUGUUGCUUACACAGCAGACGCCCACCUAGGACGUUUCAAAAUGGUCUCAUCAUGCACUGCUGCCUAUAUCGUCGUAAGUGUCAAUCCAUGCUGCUGUCUCUCUCCCUCUCUCUCUU